GUCAAAUUUUUACGAGUUUUUUUUUUUAAAUUUUUAAAAAAUGGUUGGCUCUAAGUAUUUUACAACUACAAAAAAAGGUGAAAUUUAUGAACUUAAAGAUGAUCUAAACAGCGAUAACAAAAAAACUAGAACGGAAGCUGUGAAAAAGGUUAUUGCAAACAUGACCGUUGGCAAAGAUGUUUCAUCUUUAUUUCCAGAUGUGGUUAACUGCUUGCAAACGGAAGAUUUAGUUUUAAAAAAGUUAGUAUACUUAUAUUUGCUGAAUCACGCUAAAACACAACCAGACUUGGCUUUGUUGGCUGUGAAUACUUUUCAAAAGGAUUCUGAUGAUAGUAAUCCGCUUAUACGUGCUCUUGCCAUUCGGACUAUGAGUUGCAUUCGCGUUGAUAAAAUUUCCGAGUAUUUGUGCAAUCCGUUAAGAAAAUGCUUAAAGGAUGAGGAUCCUUAUGUUAGAAAGACUGCAGCAAUUUGCGUUGCAAAAUUAUAUAAUAUAAAUCCUCAGCUUGUGGAAGAUCAAGGAUUUCUUAUAACGCUUAGAGAAUUCUUAAGCGAUUCCAAUCCAGUGGUUGUCGCUAAUUCUGUUGCUGCGCUUUGCGAAAUCAACGCGGUUUCUGAAGAAGACGUGGUUCUGCUAAACUCUGGAACUUUAUAUAAACUUCUGGCAGCUCUCAAUGAGUGCACGGAAUGGGGCCAAAUAUUUAUUCUUGACUGUCUCGCGACUAUCGAACCGAAGAAUUCUCGCGAGGCUGAAGGUAUAUGCCAGCGGGUCCUCCCUCGCCUCCAGCACGCAAACCCCGCAGUAGUCCUCUCCGCUGUAAAAGUUGUGCUAAAGUUCGUCGACUUUAUAAGUGAUGAUGAAUUUUUGAAUGCGCUGAACAAAAAACUUUCACCUCCUUUAGUCACACUUUUGUCUUCCGAAGCCGAAGUGCAGUACGUUGCGCUUUGCAAUAUAAAUAUAAUCAUACAAAAGUUUCCUUCUAUUCUUCAGCGGGAAAUAAAAUCUUUUUUCGUGAAAUAUAACGAUCCACCCUAUGUGAAAUUGGAAAAGCUUAAAAUAAUGAUGCUAUUGGCUUCGGAGUAUAACGUGGCGCAGAUUUUAUCUGAACUGAAAGAAUAUUCAACGGAAGUGGACGUCGACUUUGUGCGGAAAGCCGUAAAUUCUAUUGGUCAGUGCGCUAUAAAAAUAGAAAGUUGUGCGGAAAGAUGCGUCGAGGCGCUUAUGGAGUUGAUACAAACAAAGGUAAGUUAUAUCGUUCAGGAGGCUGUCAUAGUUAUAAAAGAUAUUCUUCGUAAAUAUCCGAACCAAUACGAGCGCGUUAUUCCUAAAAUUUGUGGUUAUUUGGAUGCCCUUGACGACAUUGAUGCUAAAACUUCAAUAAUUUGGAUCAUUGGUGAGUACCCGCAGCGAGUAGAAAACGCGGACGAGCUGUUGAGUUCGUUUCUCGAUAGUUUUGUAGAGGAACCCGCACAGGUUCAACUUCAGUUACUUUCUGCGACUGUUAAACUUUUUCUGAAUAAACCACAAACCACACAGUCCCUCCUCCAAAGAGUUUUGGAAUUAUCCACCAAUGCGGAUAAUCCGGACUUGAGGGACCGCGCGUAUAUUUACUGGCGGCUUUUAUCGGCCGAUCCAAACGCUGCACGCGCUGUUGUUCUAAAGGAAAAGCCUUCUAUAUCUCCUCAAUACAAUUUUAUUGAGCCUUCAUUACUUGAUGAACUUAUAAGAAAUAUUGGAACGCUUUCUUCCGUUUACCAGAAACCCGCGAGUGCCUUCUACAGCGGCAGAAUUACGGGAUUUUCUUAUAAACGUCUUUCUCCAUCCGAAAUUGAAAAUUCUCCGAUGGAUGAUACUUCCGCAGUAAGCGCUCCAACUUUAAUUGAGGAUUUGAUGAAUUUCAGUAUAAACAAUUACAACGAAUCCUCGGAAGCGUCUUUUAAAUAUAACGACGAUCCUUCUGAAGAGAUCCCUGCAGGUACCGAACUUUCCGGCUCAACGGAAAGAACACAGAAAGACUUGAAUUUUUUAUUUGAGUUAUAA